UUAACUGUGUCUUGGUCCCUUAGGGUUACAUUUUUGAAAGCCUCGGCUGACUUUUUCGUAUCGUGCCAUCAUGUCUGGGAUGAAGAAGCAGAGAACGGACCUGCAGAGGGCCACCAAUGUUGUGUACCAGGCUCACCAUGUGAGUAGAAGCAAACGUGGCCAGGUAGUUGGGACUAGAGGGGGAUUUCGUGGCUGUACUGUCUGGCUGACGGGGCUUUCUGGUGCUGGAAAGACUACAAUUGGAUUUGCUCUGGAAGAAUAUCUAGUCUCCCAUGCCAUUCCUUGCUACUCGCUCGAUGGUGACAAUAUUCGACAUGGCUUAAACAAGAACCUGGGCUUCACGUCUACGGACAGAGAAGAGAACAUCAGACGAAUUGCUGAGGUUGCCAAAUUGUUUGCUGAUGCUGGACUGGUUUGCAUCACUAGUUUCAUUUCUCCAUUUACCAAGGAUCGAAAAGAAGCCAGGAAGAUCCAUGAGAGUGCAGGUCUGCCGUUUUUUGAAGUGUUUGUAAAUGCUCCACUGGAGGUGUGUGAGAGCAGAGAUGUCAAAGGACUUUAUAAAAAGGCCCGUGCUGGAGAGAUUAAAGGUUUUACGGGAAUUGACUCUGACUAUGAGAAACCUGAAGCCCCUGAGCUGGUGCUGAAAACCGGAGAGCUCACAGUCAAUGACUGCAUUCACCAGGUGGUAGAUCUCUUGAAGGAACAGGAUAUUGUACCAACUGGUGUGACAGAGGAAGUGAAUGAACUCUUUGUUCCCGAAAACAAGCUGGACUUGGUGCUGAGCGAUGCCAAUAUACUCCCCACCGUAACCAUCACUGAGCUGGAUUUGCAGUGGGUGCAGGUUCUGGCUGAAGGAUGGGCGACUCCGCUGAGGGGAUUCAUGAGGGAGAGGGAGUUCCUUCAAGUCUUGCAUUUUGGAACUUUGCUUGAUGGAGGGAUCAUCAACAUGUCUGUUCCAAUUGUGCUUCCCGUAUGCAAAGAGGACAAGGAAAGGCUGGAUGGUUGUGCUGCUUUUGUCCUGGAGUUCAAUGGUCAAAAAGUGGCAAUCAUGCGCAACCCUGAGUUUUAUGAGCAUCGGAAGGAGGAGCGAUGUGCCAGGCAAUGGGGGACAACAUGCCCCAAACAUCCAUACAUCAAGAUGGUGAUGGAGAGUGGGGAUUGGCUGGCCGGCGGAGAAUUGGAAGUGUUGGAGAGAAUUAAGUGGAACGAUGGUCUUGACCAGUACCGUCUUACUCCACAGCAGCUAAGGCAGAAAUUUAAGGAAAUGAGAGCAGAUGCCAUUUUUGCAUUCCAGUUGCGUAAUCCUGUGCACAACGGCCAUGCGCUCCUGAUGCAGGACACUAAGCGUCGUCUGCUGGAUCGAGGCUACAAGAAGCCUGUGCUGCUGUUGCAUCCUCUGGGUGGCUGGACCAAAGAAGAUGAUGUACCGCUGGACUGGCGCAUGAGACAACACGCUGCUGUGCUGGAGGAAGGAGUGCUGGAUCCAGAAAACACCAUCGUGGCCAUUUUCCCCUCACCCAUGAUGUACGCUGGGCCAACAGAGGUACAAUGGCAUUGUCGGGCUAGGAUGAUCGCAGGGGCCAACUUUUACAUUGUAGGACGAGAUCCUGCAGGUAUGCCCCAUCCGGAGACAAAGCAGGACCUGUAUGAGCCCACACACGGUGGAAAAGUGUUGACCAUGGCACCAGGCCUCACCUCUCUAGAGAUUAUUCCUUUCAGAGUUGCUGCUUACAACAGGGUUAAGAGAGCCAUGGAUUUCUACGACAAGGAAAGACAUGGCGAAUUUGAAUUCAUCUCCGGGACCAAAAUGCGGAGCCUUGCACGCAGCGGAGAAAACCCUCCCGAUGGCUUCAUGGCUCCCAAAGCAUGGAAAGUCCUGGUGGAGUAUUACAGUUCUCUGAAGAAAGACCAGUGAACACUCUGCAGUACACACGCACAAACAGCACAGCUCUAUAUCCACUUCUGUAGGAUUCAUAGAAAUGGCUUCACAAAAAGAAUGAUAUACUACAAUCUUACAUUGUACUAAGAUAUCAAAAAAUCAUUAUUAGACUAAUAUGUACCACACACUUUUAGAUAAAUGAUAUCUAUAUUUAUGCCAUGCAAAUUACAAAACUGAAGUAUAUUUUAGGUUACUCUGUAUUACAAGCAUUGAUUGAUCAAACUGCACAACUUCUUAUCAAGCAGACCUAACAAGGCCUGAGAGUAAUAGCACCAAUUUAUCGCCUACCUCGUCUAAAGUUUUACAUUGAUAUGCUUGUCUUACACUCAUUUUAUACAAAGACAAUUCCUUUACACUGUUUUUAAGAAUUGAAAAACAAUCAGGAGAGUGUAAUGAAAGUCAAAUGUAUGUUGACACUUCCGUGUGCCUUAAUGUAAAUGUGGCAUUACUGUUACGUUCCCAAAUGAAUGAGUUACUGUAAAGGACGAUGUGCGAAUGUGAACGUUUUAUGCUGAUUGCAUAAACAUGAAACUCUUGAGGAAUCCAAUGUGAAGGAACAAGAGCAUAUUUAUUAUCUUGCCAUUUUUUAACGGACCAACCUAAACAUAUUUAUUAUUUUACAUGAAAUGCAUUUACUUCAUUCUGUCUUUUGUACAAACUUGAGAUUUACAUCAUUUCCUAAAACAUUGGAUGUACUUUGCAUUGGGCAGCCAUUCCAAUAAACUUAAGACAAAA